AAUGUCGGAAAAACAAUAUGUUCUCGGUAUGGACAUUGGUACAACUUCUGUUAAAGUGUGUGUAUUAGACGCAAGAAGUAAUGAAAUUAUAGCAAAGCAAAAUAAGGAUACAGCUGCUAAUAUACCAAGUGACCAGGGGAUUGAAGGAAACAAGCAAGAUGUUCCAAAAAUAGUGUCAGCCGUACACUACUGUAUUUCUCGUUUACCUAGGGAUGUACUAAGGAACGUUGUUAAAAUUGGAGUAUGUGGUCAAAUGCAUGGAGUAGUGCUUUGGAAAAACGAUAAUAAUAAAAAACCGUGGGAAAAAAUAGAAAAAGAUGGAGCCGUGAUAAGGUAUGAAGCCAUCAGAGAAAAUUUGUCAGCUCUGUAUACGUGGCAAGAUACUAGAUGUAAACCUGAAUUUCUCAAUUCGUUGCCUAAACCCGAUUCUCAUUUGAAAUGUAAUUCAGGGUAUGGAUGUGCUACACUGCUAUGGAUGCUCGCAAAUAAACCUGAAAAGUUGAAAAACUUUGAUUGCUCAGCAACAGUUCAAGAUUUUGUUGUGGCCAUGCUCUGUGAUUUAAAAGAUCCUGUAAUGUCUGAUCAAAACGCUGCAAGUUGGGGCUAUUUCAAUACUGAAACAAAUGAAUGGAAUUCUGACAUUUUAAAAAGUAUCGGUUUUCCUAUUGAUUUACUACCGACGGUCGUAAAAAGCGGAGAAAUAGUGGGAAACUUAGCCUCUUCCUGGAAUGGAAUUCCUGAAGGAACGCCUGUUGGAGUAGCACUUGGUGACCUGCAGUGCUCUAUUUUGGCCACUCUUGACUCUAAACAAGAUGCAGUUUUAAACAUUUCAACUUCGGCACAGCUUGCUAUUGUGACUAAUGUCAUAACCGAUUUAGGGUGUAGCACUAUCGAACAUUUACCUUAUUUUAACAACGAUUAUUUGGUAGUUGCAGCCUCUUUAAAUGGUGGAAAUGUACUUGCUACUUUUGUCAAAAUGCUACAACAAUGGAUGUUGGAAUUUGGAUUUCCUGUUCCGCAGUCAAAGGUAUUUGAAAAGCUGAUUGCUCUUGGCUUAGCGGCUCCACCACCAACUGAUAUGAAAAUAAGUCCACACCUUUUAGGUGAACGGCAUAUACCCACCGCUAAGGCGUCUGUAGAAAACAUCGAUCUUUCCAACAUUCAACUCGGAAAUGUGUUUCGCUCUCUUUGUGAUAGUAUUAUUGAAAAUAUACACUCCAUGAUGCCAAAAACUAUUCUUCUUAACGCUAAUAUCAAGAGAAUAGUUGGUAAUGGUUCCGGACUAUCAAGGAAUGCUGUUCUACAAAGAGCUGUGGAACAUUACUAUAGUCUUCCUUUAGAGUUUACUUCUGGUGGGGACGCGGCAAAAGGGGCGGCAAUUGCAGUUAUUUUAUCCAAAAUUUAAAGAUCUCUUUCUAUUCUUGUAGUGACCAAUGGCUUGCUUACCUGCCCUGGCUAUGGCCAAUCGGCAUUGACAUUAAUAAUGUUUUUCACUAGUUAAUAAGUUUUGGAUGUAUCGGGUUCAUGACAUUUAUGCUGUAAGUUAUAUUCCUGUAGUGUAGGAUUUAGGUUAAAUAGGUAUAUAAAGUGCGUAAAAUCAGUUAUUUUACCAAUUUAGUUUUGUCUAUAAACUUAGCGUGUCCUUGACAAACAGUAGAACUAGGAUUAGGGUUUGUCACCGUAAUGAGUUAAUUAGCCAGUUAACGCAGAUGUAAGUCGCAGACUGCCCAGGGUGCGAGGACGUACUUAUUUAAGGUAUGAGAAGACCUUGGGUAUAAGUUUAAUGAUACGUCACUUUCACAGAGUUUUGUUUAGCUCCAGGACUUGGUACAAAGUCCCUGGUUUAGCAAGAAUAGGUUAUGGCAUUUUGUUAGUGUAGUACAGUAAUUUAAUAAAUUUUAUAAACUUA